CGGCCUGCUGGCACUUAGAGUCCUCUUGCCUAUGCUCGCGCUUGUGCUGCCUGACAAAAAUACGGCAGCAAAUAACUGCAAUUAGAGAAAAAUUAAUUCCAUAGGAUCCACAUAUUCUUAUCAGAAAUACAGUGCAAAAUCAGUAACUUUUUGUAUUUUAGAGGCUCCGCCUAGUGUGAACGUCUGAGACCGAUUUUCAGGCAGUGUCUUGGACAACAGCAACUUUGGAGGUCCCCGGUUCGCCGAGGGUGACGUGGACCUGAGCGCGGUGGAGCGGUCUCCGGCACCGCGGCAGAAGCGGGGUUAUCACGGGGCAGUUGGUGUGUGAUCUCUGUCCUCACUGGCUCCACCAUGUCUAAGGUCUCUUUUAAGAUCACGCUGACGUCCGACCCGCGGCUGCCUUACAAAGUACUAAGCGUUCCUGAAAGUACACCUUUCACAGCAGUCUUAAAGUUUGCAGCAGAAGAAUUUAAAGUUCCUGCAGCCACAAGUGCAAUUAUUACCAAUGAUGGAAUAGGAAUAAAUCCUGCACAGACUGCUGGAAAUGUUUUUCUAAAGCAUGGUUCAGAACUGCGAAUUAUUCCUAGAGAUCGUGUUGGAAGUUGUUAAUAUCUGCUGCUCGGAACAUAGGAUUAUUUUUCAGAAUAAAUCUUGAUAUUGUUGUAAAACUGAAAUCAGGCAUUUAAAAUACUAUGAAAACAUCAAUAGUUGAUGAAAUAAUGAAGGAGCCAAAAAAGUCUCUGCCUCUUCUUGUUAUACCCACUCUGCAUGUGAAGGGGGAGUGCUUAUGCAUUGAGGAGGACACAGGAUCUUAGUCUUUCUUUCAUUGCUACCUCACAGCACAUGGAGCUAGUUCAUUGGGAUUAAAUGGAUUAUCCAACUGUGUUUUAUUACUGGAGGAUGCUUCUAAUAAUUCUGAGAACAUUUGGAAAAUUAAAAUUUAUUGAAUCUUCCUAAUUUGUCUUUGAGUUAAAAAUUUUAAAAUGAUUAUCGAUCAUCCAUGGCAGUUUGCUUGACAGCAUCUGACUUGCAGACUCAAAAAUAGUUGAAUACUGAAUUAUAUGUCAUUUUUGAUAAAGGAUGUAAACAUGUAAUUGAAUACUCAACUGUCUUAACUUUUUAUCAUUUAGGUUUUUUUUAAGUUUCAAGAUUCAUGUGUUCGUAUGAAUUUUGAUUGAAUUAUCGAAGAGCCAAAAACUGAAUUUUUUGAUAUAGCCCUUAUGUGUAAAAUUGCUAUCCUACAGUUUUAACUAUAAUCUUGCAGAAUCCAAUAGUUGUAAUGGUAAGAACUGAAAUUAAAGUAGAAGCAUCCUUUGCUGAGUUAUGCAUUCCCUUUUUAGUCUCUUAGUAGAGCUUUUAAAACAGGAAUCCUCAACAAACAUUGUCUUUCUGAGGAUAAUAUUUCUAAAUAGCAUUCAGGAAGAGAGUAUUGUAAAGAAGAUCUGAAGUUCACAGCAAAGCUCAAGAAAAUGCUAAUUGGAAAUGCUGAUUAAUUAUACUCACUGAAGUCAAACAUUUAGGAAGUGUGGAGAUUAGUCAGAUGAAUAAGAAGCCAGUUAAGGGAAGAUGGAGAAGCCCAGAUUAUCACGUUUCUAGUAAGGAGGAAAGGAAAGAAAGGGAACAGAAAGCUGUAGCAAAGUGUCACGGAAAAAGCCAGCAGGAUAGGCAGAAGUGCAGAGGCUAUGUGGGGAGAAUUGAAGGAAAAGAAAAUAGGCUAUAUUGUAAUAAAGAGCAGAAGGCAUUUGGAAAAAGCAUAGUCCUUGUCAAUGUACAGAUUUCAAAAUUCCCUUUAUGAGAAUCUAAAAAGUGAUAUGUGUAUAUGUGUAAGGGGUGAUUUUAUAUGUCCUUACAGAGAUCAGUAUCUAUGUAAAUCUUUAAAAAUGAAAUGACAGCUCAUGGUGGUUCAGAACCCAUGCUCGAUUUGCUGUAUUCUAGAUGGUGAGCUUUAUGGAGGCAGGCCUUGUGUCUGCCUUGCUCUUUCUAGACCUGGAAAGGUAGUAGGCUUUCAGUAAGUACUUGCUGAAUUAUUCACGAAUAAAGUAUCUCUAAGACCAAUUUUUAUCUUAGCAUGUUUCAGUAUCUUCCCUGUCAUAGGCUCUAGGUUCACUGGAGAAAAAAGUAUUAGGAAAUGCAACAAAAUCAGCAUCUGAAGGGGGACAUUGAUAGUUAAGUUUAAGAAAUUAUCCAGAUAUUGUUUAUAUAUUUGACAAAUGAGCAGCAAUGUUCUGAAUUGUAAAGGGAGAAAAAUCUUUGCUGAGGUAGAAAAAUAUACUUAAUGAUGUUUGGGGAAGUUUUUAUUUUGAUAAACAAAAUUUGAUGCUCAAAGACUCCCUGGUCCUUAACAAUAUGAAGCCUCAGUUAACCAGAAAUUUAUGAAUACCCAUUCCCUGAAGUUUUUGUUUAAUUUAGAUUUCCCCCCACUCUGUUUCUAGCACAAAAUCUGCCUGCUGUGUUAAAUAAAUAAAUUUAUGAUGUCCUAUACUUCAAAGUAAUUUGUUCUUUGGUUUUGAAAUUUUUAUUGUAGUACUUAAAAACAUUUUCUUAAAAAACUAGACAUUUCGUUAAGUAAACAUGAUAUGUAAGUUCUUUGUGUGGAAUAUUUUGAAGUAUUUAGUUUAAAUGCAUUAUUGACAGUAUCUUAUGAAAAUACGUUGUUAUACCGUAAGCCAUGUUUUCUACACUUUUAUUAUUAAAGCUUUUAAUCAGAAUACCUAUAGAGCCAGCUCAUAACAAAUGCAGCAAAAAAAAAAAAUGAGCAAAGGUGAAUAAUAACCAUUAGGUCAUGGAAUGAGUCUAUACUUUCAAAUGCCAGUCCUAUUUCAGGAAAGAAAAAAAAGUUUAUCAUAAUUGUCUUGGCUAGUUAGUCCCAAAGCUGGCUGAUUAUCCAAAUCACUUAGGGAAUUAAAAAUAGAUUUCUGCAAACUACUCCUAAAGUUCAGAUUUAUUAAAUCUGGAAUAGUGUAUAAGAAUCUCUUUACAAAGAGCAGUCCUGGUGAGCUCUUUUGUGUAGCUGGGUUUGAGAAUGAUAAGGCCAACUUUUUCAUGUUAUAGGUGAACAAAAUGAAGUCUAAGGGGUCAAAGGAACUAGCAGAUGUUAUAGAAUCUUGGAAAGUACACAUAUCACUGCUUGGUUCUCCAGUAUCUGAGUAAAUGCAAAGAUGCUAGUUAAUUGUCUCACUAGUAAUAAAGCUGCCUUUUAAAGUGUUUAAAGUCCAAUGAUUUUUUGAAUAUUUUAUUUCUUAAGAUUAGUUAUUUGAAAGGAAAGUCAAUGGGGAGAAAGUUUCAUUUAAGCCCCCUCUUUCUGAAUUAAGAUAUCGAAAAUAUCUACCAUGUCUUUUUACCUAAGGACCUUGAAUAUUUGUGACUUGGAAGCGUUAACAUACUUUAAUGGAGCAUUAAAUAUACUAUGAAUUAGGUGAGUGCAUAUUAAUAUUCUCAAGGCUAUUUAUAAGACUGCAAAUUACAUAUAUAUAUAUGUAUACGUGUGCAUAUAUCUAUGACUUACAUAUGCAUGUUAUGGUUUAUGUAUGUAAUUCACACAUGUAUGCCUUUUAUAUAAAUAUGUGAUUUAUAUAUGUAGCUUACCCAAAAAAUGUAUUAAGUAUCUCAUGUCAAGUACUUUGAUACUUUCACUUCACAGUGUGAAAAUAUCCCCAUUUUACAGAAAAAGAAACUUAAAGAGGUUGAUAAUUUGAAAUUCAACUCCUUGUUUGACCUUGGUACUCUUCACAUUAUACUAGGAGAAUUUUUCAGUAUCUUUUUUCACAAUAUACUAGGUCUGUGUUGAAUAUUUUAAAAAUGUAAAUGAAAUGUGUAAGGCUUAAAUUCUCAUUUUAGAGUACUGAAUAUGUGUAUCAUGAUCAUAAAUGGCAUUACUUCUGAAUAUAUGGUAUAAACAUGGUAAAAUUAUAUAGGACAUUAAGUAAUAGCCAGUCAAAUAAAGAUAAUUAUGAUUCUGGUGCUACUACAUAGGUUGGCAUAAUGGAAGUAGGACUGACCCCAUAUGUAUUGACCACAUCAGUUCGUUUUUUUUUAAUUUUAUGUAUCUUGCACCUGCAGCUGCAAAGAUUAGUCCCCUAGUAACUUGCUUUUCCAACUAGACUGUUACUCAUAAGGCUCUGCACUACAGAAAUUAUGGAACUACUCUCUGAUAGCGUUAGAGAUAAAUCAUUAUUUAAACCAGGCUAUUUAAUUGAAAGAGACAUUCUCAAAAGGCUCAGUCUCUCCAAUCUUAUCCUCAUCCUCCAAAUUGCCUAAGCCAAAUAUUUGGAACUUACUAGUUUUUUUAAAAUUUUUUCUUAACCAUAGCAAAUGAAUCAAAAUUCUAUUGAUUCUUUUUGCAAAAAUAUAUCUUCUAGCCACCUCGAAUGUCUAAUUAAAGCCCCUGUCUUCUGUUAUAUGCUGUUAUCAAAGCUUUGGAUAUAUUUCAUCUUUCACACUUGUUGAACUGAGCUUUUUGAUGUGGAGAGAUGAUCAUGUAGUUCAACUUGUCAAAAUCCUAUUGAAUAAAAAUCUAUACUUUUCACGA